GCUUCGGUUCUGCAUUCGCUACAAAGAUGGCAACGUCCAUAGCGCUCAGCCUGGAUAACUUACCGUCUGAUCCCUUACUGCUGGUGCUGUCAUUUCUGGACUUCCGAGAUCUGAUAAGCUGCAGUUUUGUCAGCCGUCGCCUGAAUGAGCUGACAGGCCAUAACCCCCUAUGGAAGAGGCUUUGUCAGAAGCACUGGCUCCUUACAGAGGCAGACAAAGCCCACAGAGGCUUGGCGUGGAAGGAGCUGUUUCGGGAAUAUUAUGCUGAUCUCGGCCGUUACAUUGACUAUUACAGUACUCUCAAGAAAGCCUGGGAUGACCUGAAGAACUAUCUGAACCAGAAGUGUCCCCGAAUGAUAGCUUCACUUAAAGAGGGCGUGAGAGAGGAGGAGCUAGACACCAUCGAGGCCCAGAUUGGCUGCAAACUCCCUAAUGACUACCGUUGCUCCUAUAGGAUACACAAUGGACAGAAACUAGUGGUCCCUGGGCUGAUGGGCAGCAUGGCUUUGUCCAAUCACUAUCGCUCAGAGGACCUGCUGGAUAUUGAGACAGCAGCAGGGGGAUUUCAGCAGAGGAAGGGAAUGAGGCAGUGUCUUCCGCUCACAUUUUGCUUCCACACCGGCCUCAGCCAGUACAUGGCCUUGGAGAGCACAGAGGGGCGAACACGCAGUGAGAUCUUCUAUCAGUGCCCGGAUCAACUGGCACAAGAUCCCUCUGCGAUUGACAUGUUCAUUACGGGUUCUAACUUUACAGAGUGGUUUACUUCCUAUGUUGACAAUGUUGUAACAGGAGAAUACCCCAUCAUUCGGGACCAGAUCUUCAGGUAUGUUCAUGACAAGCGCUGUGUGGCAACCACUGGUGACAUCACAGUAUCAGUCUCUACCUCCUUCCUGCCAGAGCUCAGUUCAGUUCAUCCACCACACUUUUUCUUCACCUACAGAAUCAGGAUUGAGAUGUCAAAGUCGGCCCUGCCAGAGAAUGCCUGCCAGCUAGACAGCCGCUACUGGAAGAUCACAAAUGCAAACGGAAAUGUGGAGGAGGUCCGUGGCCCUGGUGUUGUGGGUGAGUUUCCAGUGAUGACACCGGGUAAAGUUCACGAGUACGCCAGCUGCACCACGUUUUCCACCACCUCCGAGUACAUGGAAGGCCACUACACAUUCCACCGGCUCAAGAACAAAGAGGAAGUGUUUGACGUUUCGAUCCCACGCUUCCACAUGGUUUGCCCACCAUUCCGUGAAUCAAUGGUGCGCUCGAGCUCAGUCAGUGAGGUGUCUGCUCCUUAUGAUGAUGAGAACUCAUCGGACACAGACGACUACGAGGAGGGAGAAAUGCGUGGCAUGAACAUGGCUGACCCAGGAGGACGCUGCCCUCGGCAUGUCUGAUGCAUUUUUACAUGCCCCCGGCCAACACCCGCCCACAGAUACUGACGCACACACACUCACACAAACGGGAGAGCAGGAGGACAAACAGAGCUUUUAGGCAUCCAUUGUUUAUUGUACAGCGCUCUUGUGCCUGUCACCUCUUGAACGUUUUCUCCGGUUUCUGAGGGCAUGUGUCUGGUUGUGGCAUAUCUGUGUCUGUGCACGUCUGUGGACGUGUGAGAUCAUUGUACGUGCGUUUGAGUCUGCAAGUGUGUUUUGCGAUUUGAGAGUGAGGGAGUUUAUUGAAUGUGUGUGAGAUUCUGUGAGAUUGGCUCUUCUUGUCUGGGUUUCACAAUGACCUGCCACUUACCUAAAGAAACAGUUCAGCCAAAAAUUGAAAAUGUGCUCACCUUUAUGACGUUCCAGACCUGUAUGUCUUUCUGUCUCGUGUGGAACACAAAUGCAGUUGUUGUUUUGGAACCCACUAUGGACCAAAAAAUUAUUGUUCAAAACGUCUUCAACAGAAUUAAGGCAAUCAUACAGGUUCGGGACGACAUGGUGAUAAAAUUGUUAAUUUUGCUUGAACUAUCCUUUUAAGUCCUUAAAAUUAAAGAGCAUGGGGAGAAAUUGUGACACUACUAUAAGCAGAGAAGUACACACACACUGUAUCACUGUGUGUGUUUAUAUAUAUAUAAUAUAGAUUUAUAGAUGUAUAGAUUGAACAUGUAUCAGAAAGGCUGAAAUAAAUUGAUCCCAUUAAUUUCCUCCACAAGGCCUCAGGUAUUGUGUAGCGUGUAUGUGCUUGUGUGUGUGUGUGUGUAUAUAUGUUUGUUCUAGUGUCGUCUAUACUUAGGGUUUUGGGGACAGGCUGAGGCCCAGAUCUUGUGAAGUGAAACUGAUUUAUUUAAAGAGGAGGGGAAAGCACAUAGACCCAAACCAGCCAGUUCACUCAAACAUCAGCUAACCCGUGCAAGCAAUCAUUGAACUACUUUUUUUUUUUUUUUAAGUUACAUGUUGCUCUAGUUCUCUACUAGUUCAGAGGUGCUUUUGGCCUGUUCUCAGAAACACUGGAUGGAUGUAAACUGCCAGGACACACUGAUGUAGUGUAAAGCAUCUUUUUAGCUCUGAUUAUCCUAAGGGCUGGAGGUUACAGACUGGUGUGAAUAACAAAAUAAGAUAAUUUUAUGAGACGUUUAUGGCAUUAUUGUGAAUUUCCACACUUUUUUUUUUUUCUUUAAAUCCAGUGCAAGCGGUAAAUGAUCAGAAAAAAUGUCUUUGUUGUACAGUUUUUUUUUUUUUUUCCAGAAUGAAAUCUAGGCACUUUAAAAAUUUCUCAGCUUUUUUCUUCCCUUUCCUUUCCUAAUGGGAAUGUGAGCUAAUCUUGCCUAGAGAUAUGUACGAUUUUGAUUUUUCUUGUUCAUGACUGCAAUUAUGUUAUCAUCUUUGUAAAAUAAUGCUGUGCAGUGAGAUUUUUCAACAGUUUGCUAUUAUGUUCUGUUUAGCCCUAUUGAACCUCUCAUUAGUUAAUAACUCCUCUGUUUUGUUUUGUUUUAUUAUUUUUUUUUUUUUUGUAUGUGUGAGGUUUUUUUUGGAGUAAAUAAAAAGGUAAUGGUGUAUCACUACCGUGUUUCACUACUAAAUUGUUUGUUUACAUUGUUCUUGUGUUCAGGAUGCUCUCUGCCAUCUCGGCACAAAGAGGCCGUUGAUUUAUUUUUCACAAGCACGUCUCAGUGCUAUUGUCUCAUGCUCUGGAAUAUCUCUGAAAACACUUAUUGUUCUCACAACACAAAACUUAAAGUCAUUUCUGUCCCUCCAACCCAAACCCUAACCCUAACCCACCCUGAUAGUGGCAGUUGUCAUGGCAACGUUGAAGAGGCCUUGUUUUAGUCAGACUGAUGUUUCUUUGUUGAGCCAUUUUGUUUUUUGGCACACAUCUCUUUACUCAUUCAUUUAAGCUAUUCUGAAAGAGAGAAAAUGCAACCUUUCUGUAAUGUAUCUUAAGUACUUUGACAAACCAUUUUGAAGUGCCCACACUAGGGCCAAUACAUCAGACAUGUGGUCUUUUCAUGCCAGAUCAUUUAAAAUCACAAUUUGUUGAACACCA